AUGCCAAGAGAUCGUUAUCCUAAAGCCACAUUUUUCAGAGUUAUCGUCGAAUACGUUGGCGUAAAUUGGGCUGCCGUCGUAAAUGAAAAUGUGUGCAGUGGUCGUACGUCAUUAAGCCAAACAGCACUAUUAAAUGAAAAACGUCGACACAUUCAAAACUACAAGAACAUAAUUCAUCCAUUUAGUAAUUUUAGAUAUUACUGGGACAUCUUGCUCAUCGUGGGAAUGAUAAUUAUCCUGUUGAUAACACCAUAUCAAGCGGCAUUUAGUAUCACUCAAGAGACUCUCGUUCCAACAUUCAUUAAAAAUUCUUUACUCCUUCUCUGUUGCGGAGACAUGUUCGUUAAUAUAUCUACCGGGUACUUCGAUAAACGUCGAUCAAUCGUCGAGAUGGAACGGAAAAAAAUUAUAGAACGAUAUGUAAAACAUGGUACAUUCUUUACCGAUCUUUUUGGCUCUUUUCCAACGGACGUGAUAUUUGUGAAUAUGUGGAACGAAUGCAAAGUAACCCGAAAAAUAGUUUCUUUACUUUUACCUAUAGUAAUUAUUUCAAUGAAACAACCAGAUUAUACUAGAACCAAUUUUUGGAUUGAUGAUGCUGAUCUUUGGGAUAAGCCCACAGAUACACAGUAUUUCUUUUCAUUACUGCUGACAAUAGGAAAUUGUUUGAGAUCCGGGUUCCUUAAAAAUGAUCGACGAAAUGUUUUUGAUCUCUACGUAAUAAUAAUUGCCCAAAUAAUGGGUACCCUACUUAUGUCGUUACUCAUAGUAAGAUUGAUGCAAUAUAUGAAAGGAACUUACUCUUCAAAAUUUAAAUAUCAAUGUGCCGUUCGUCAAUUGAACCAAUACAUGAGACACAAACAACUUCCACGUCGAACUCAACGUCGAAUAAUUAAUUAUUAUGAAUUUCGUUUUCUACAUCAUUACUUUCGUGAAUCUGAUAUAAUCAAUACUUUGUCAUUACAAUUACGUCAGGAAAUUAUUAUGCUUUCUUGUCAAAAACUCGUAGAAAACGUUAGUUUUUUUGAUAAUCUUCCAUUUGCUCUUUUAAAUCAUAUAGUAACUCUAUUGAAAUCCGAAAUUUUCUUGACGAACGAUGUGAUCAUACGAGCGAACGAACGAGGUAAUUGCAUGUAUUUUAUUGGCAGUGGUACCGUCGCAGUUUAUACGAUUUCUGGUAAAGAAGUUUGCCAUCUUGAGGAUGGUGCUUAUUUCGGUGAGAUUGCUCUUGUAAUGACGGACGAACGUAGAGUUGCCAGCGUAGUUGCUGUUGAGAUUUGCAAACUUUAUCGACUCGAUCGUGUCGAUUUUACUCGUACGAUUCACCGUUACCCUAUGUUGUGGGAUAAUAUCAAGAAAAUUGCUAUUGAGAGACAUGAAAGAACUAUGAUGCUUGAUACUUACUAA